CGCGGCCCGCCCUGCACACUCCAGCCACGGCGUCGAGCAGCGAUAGCGGGGCUGCUGGUGGCGUGUGGCUGUGGGUGCCAGACGAGGAGGCACCAGUCAAGCAGACCGACGGCAGGGUGCAGCGCAAGUGGCGCCACGUGGUGGCGAAGGUGCUGAAGCAGAAGUACCUGAAGGGUUUCUGGUCUGUGCUUGGUGAGUAUCUCAAGUACGUCAAGGCGCUGAGGCUCCAGAAUGCGCAGUUGACGCAGCAGGCCGAGCAGAUGCAGCAGCAGAAUGUUCAGAUCAGGACGGAGCUCGCUCGGCAGGUCCAGGCGCAGGGAGAUCUGCCACGUCUGGCCGAGCAGCUCGGCGAUGCGGUGCAGAAGCUGUCAGAUGAAAGAAAGGAUAAGUCUUCAGCGCCAGCCUUUUCCCUCGUGGACACCAAGGGGUUAGGCAAACCCUCCAUCUUCAAGAAUGAGGAAGCAAAGUUCCUGGAGUGGUACCGCAAGACGAACGCGUACCUGACAGCAGUCUUCGGAGAGCAGUUCCGCAAGCUGCUGGAGUGGGUGGAGGACCAGGCGCAGGAGACCACGGUUAUCAGCAUGGAGGUUCUGGAGGCGCGGUUCGGCAGCGACGACGAUGAUGAAGAUGAAUUCAUUCCAGACCUCAGAGAGAAGGUCAGCCAGCUGUACGUCGCACUCCAGACGCUGACAGAAGGUGAGAGCUUUGCCCUAGUGAUGAACACUCCCAAGGGCAACGGCGCCGAGGCGAUGAGGAAGCUCAUCAGGCGCUGGGACCCAGCUUCGGGAGGCAAGCGCCGCGUGCUCUUGAAGCAGAUCAUGAACCCGCAGCGGUGCACCCUCGGCGACUUGUACGCCAAGCUCGAGGAGUGGGAGGAGCUCAUCCGCCGGUACGAGAGGAAGAAGGCAGACGGCCAAGGCAAGGUGGUUGACGAUGACGUGAAGGUUGCAGCCCUGGAGACGAUGGUGCCAGAAGAGCUCGAACUCCACCUCGCGAUGAACAAGCAUCGGUUAGACACGUCGGAGAAGGUCAUAGAGGAGAUCAGGAGUUUCCUGGAGUCGAGACAGUCGCAAGGUGCCCUACUCCGACGGAAGCGAGGUGACCCAAUGGACGUGGACUCACUGUACAAAGGAGGCAAGGGCGAGUCCAAAGGUAAGGGUGACAAGAACGGCAAGAAGGGCCAGACCACCAAGCCGCGUGACAAGCGGACG